CCCUCCCCGUCCGGUCCGGGUUCGCUUGCCUCGUCAGCGUCCGCGUUUUUCCCGGCCCCCCCCAACCCCCCCGGACAGGACCCCCUUGAGCUCGUCCCUCAGCUGCCACCAUGAGCGAACAAGAUCACUCCAUGGAUGAAAUGACAACAGUGGUGAAGAUUGAAAAAGGAGUUGGUGGCAAUAAUGGGGGCAGUGGUAAUGGUGGUGGUGCCUUUUCUCAGGCUCGCAGCAGCAGCACAGGCAGUAGCAGCAGUGGAGGAGGAGGAGGUCAGGAGUCCCAGCCAUCCCCUUUGGCUCUUUUAGCAGCAACUUGCAGCAGAAUUGAGUCACCCAAUGAAAACAGCAACAAUUCCCAGGGCCCAAGCCAGUCAGGGGGCACAGGUGAGCUGGACCUUGCAGCCACACAACUCUCACAGGGUGCCAAUGGCUGGCAGAUUAUCUCUUCCUCCUCUGGGGCUACCCCUACCUCAAAGGAGCAGAGUGGCAGCAGCACUAAUGGCGGCAAUGGCAGUGAGUCUUCCAAGAAUCGCACGGUUUCUGGUGGGCAGUAUGUUGUGGCUGCGGCCCCCAAUUUGCAGAACCAGCAAGUCCUAACAGGACUGCCUGGGGUGAUGCCCAAUAUUCAGUAUCAAGUAAUCCCACAGUUCCAGACCGUUGAUGGGCAGCAGCUGCAAUUUGCAGCCACUGGGGCCCAAGUGCAGCAGGAUGGUUCUGGUCAAAUUCAGAUCAUACCAGGUGCAAACCAACAGAUUAUCACAAAUCGAGGAAGUGGAGGCAACAUCAUUGCUGCUAUGCCAAACCUGCUCCAGCAGGCUGUCCCCCUGCAAGGCCUGGCUAAUAAUGUGCUCUCAGGACAGACUCAGUAUGUGACCAAUGUACCAGUGGCCCUGAAUGGGAACAUCACCUUGCUACCUGUCAACAGCGUUUCUGCAGCUACCUUGACUCCCAGCUCUCAGGCAGUCACGAUCAGCAGCUCUGGGUCCCAGGAGAGUGGCUCACAGCCUGUCACCUCAGGGACUGCCAUCAGUUCUGCUAGUCUGGUAUCACAAGCCAGUUCCAGCUCCUUUUUCACCAAUGCCAAUAGCUACUCAACAACUACUACCACCAGCAACAUGGGAAUUAUGAACUUUACCACCAGCGGAUCAGCAGGGACCAACUCUCAAGGCCAGACACCCCAGAGGGUCAGUGGGCUACAGGGGUCUGAUGCUCUGAACAUCCAGCAGAACCAGACAUCUGGAGGCUCACUGCAAACAAGUCAGCAAAAAGAGGGAGAGCAAAACCAGCAGACACAGCAACAACAGAUUCUUAUUCAGCCUCAGCUAGUUCAAGGGGGACAGGCCCUUCAGGCCCUUCAAGCAGCACCACUGUCAGGGCAGACCUUUACAACUCAAGCUAUCUCCCAGGAAACCCUCCAGAACCUCCAGCUUCAGGCUGUUCCAAACUCUGGCCCUAUCAUCAUCCGGACACCAACGGUGGGGCCCAAUGGACAGGUCAGUUGGCAGACUCUUCAGCUGCAGAACCUCCAAGUUCAGAACCCACAGGCCCAGACAAUCACCUUGGCUCCAAUGCAGGGUGUUUCCUUGGGGCAGACAAGCAGCAGCAACACCACCCUUACACCCAUUGCCUCAGCUGCCUCCAUCCCUGCUGGCACAGUCACUGUGAAUGCUGCACAGCUCUCCUCCAUGCCAGGCCUCCAGACCAUUAACCUCAGUGCAUUGGGUGCUUCAGGAAUCCAGGUGCACCAGCUUCCAGGCCUGCCAUUGACUAUAGCAAAUGCCUCAGGUGAUCAUGGAGGUCAGCUUGGCCUCCAUGGGGCUGGUGGUGAUGGAAUACACGAUGACACAGCAGGUGGAGAAGAAGGAGAAAACAGCCCAGAUCCCCAACCCCAGCCUGGUCGGAAGACCCGGCGGGAAGCAUGCACCUGUCCCUAUUGUAAAGACAGUGAAGGAAGGGGCUCUGGGGACCCUGGCAAAAAGAAACAGCACAUUUGUCACAUCCAAGGUUGUGGCAAAGUAUAUGGCAAGACCUCACACCUAAGGGCACACUUGCGUUGGCACACAGGCGAGAGACCAUUCAUGUGUACCUGGUCAUACUGUGGAAAACGCUUCACACGCUCAGAUGAGCUGCAGAGGCACAAACGUACACACACAGGUGAAAAGAAAUUUGCCUGCCCUGAGUGUCCCAAGCGCUUCAUGAGGAGUGACCAUCUGUCAAAGCAUAUCAAGACCCACCAGAAUAAGAAAGGGGGCCCCGGUGUAGCCCUGAGUGUGGGCACUUUGCCCCUGGACAGUGGGGCAGGUUCAGAAGGCAGUGGCACUGCCACUCCUUCAGCUCUUAUUACCACCAAUAUGGUAGCCAUGGAGGCCAUCUGUCCUGAGGGUAUUGCUCGUCUUGCCAACAGUGGCAUCAACGUCAUGCAGGUGGCGGAUCUGCAGUCCAUUAAUAUCAGUGGCAAUGGCUUCUGAGAUCAGGCUCCCGGGGCCAGAGACAUAUAUGGGCCAUACCCAUCAACCCCGGGAUGUAAGGUAGCAUGGGUCCAAGAGACAUGUGGGAGAGAGAGCCAUGAGGCAUUAACAUGUAUGGUGGUGGGAUGAAUUGGGGGAGGGAUGCGAGAGAAAAGAUGGGGUCUUGGCACCCACCUGUAUCAUCAGUGGCUCCUUGAAGUGUGAAACUAGUGAAAAUUCUGUUGGUGCCACCCUUUGAUGAGCAUUUGUUUGACCCCAGACAGUUUCCUCUUACACUUCUUACCCCAGCCUCCCCUUCCUGCCUUUCCCAUCUUAGCUCCCCCAUGAUGGAUUCCCCUCCCCUUUCCUAAAGCCAUCAUGCCUUGAUAAAUAUAUAUGAUCAUUGAAAUACUUUUUAACAAAAAACAGAUUCUAUAUUAUAUAUAUAAAUAUAUAUAUAUAAAGAUAUAUAGAGAUGCAUUCACAGGGGUUGGCUGGGAGGAGGAAGGAGACCAUUCUGUGACCAAAAUACCUUGGUCAUUUUUUAUAUUGCCUUAUUUCCCUAUGGCUGAGCCUUGUUGUGACACAUCAAGCUUUUCUGUAGAUGUUGUCCUGGCUUCCCACCAGAUUAAGCAUUCAUAUGCUCUGCUUUUAGUUUAUAUAUACAUACAUAAUGUUUUCCUCUCUUAAUUUUGUCUUUAUUUGGGAUCAGCUUCUUGUGCUCCUUUCCUGAUUCAAUCUCCCCUUCUCUUACCUGAUCACGUCAUGUUUUAUUUUUGGUAGUGAUCCCUGAACGAUACUCUUCUGUCAAUAUUUUAAGUCCUUAGUCCUAGCAGCAGAACAGAGAAGCCUUGAAGCCCAGGCUGAUGCUUGAGGUAGCUGUGGGGGGAGUGUUUAAAAAAACUACUGACGCAGGCACCCUGUUGGCGCUGGAGAGUCAAGGCACCUCCCUUCCCUAGCUGCUCUAAGCAUCGAGAUUCAGAAGUUUUCUAUAUAAAUGGAGAAGAGACCCUCUGAAGGUGAUAAUCUGGGAUCAGAAUGAAUAAACUGUCCAAAGAUGGUUAAAUAAUAGAUAGGGGUUUCAAUGGGAAAACGAUGUGUUCAGAAAAGGAGGUGAUUCAGAGUAGUUGGAUUCAGGAGUUAGUGGAGUAUUUGGACUUUUGUACAGCUGUCUUCCUUCCAAGGUAGCUCUAGGCUUUGUUGUGUGGGCUUUGUGUUCUCAUUCUGAAAGGAAAUACAUUUCUUUUGAACAUCUUCAGAGUUUCUUUCCCGUUGAGUUACUAAGGAGCAUCAGCUAAUGAAUCUGUUGUGGGUUUCCAUUCUGUAGAGCUCCAGAGCAUGUACUAGUGGCAAGGCAGUGGUUCUUAUGUUCUCUUCCCUUAACUCUUCCUGUAUGUACUUGGGUGGUUCUUAAGGGAAAAGGAAGCACAGGAUCAUGGGAGUGAUAGCCCAGAACAAAAAGAAAUCUUGUCUUACCACUGUGGUUUACAGGAGAGAUUGGGAGAAAUCAUCCUGCUUUUCUACAUGGCCUGAUUCCAGAAGAGACUGAUCCAAAAAUUACAGCGGCAGGGAACUCUUGGUGCAUUUGGCACUAAGAUUUAAAUGCAACCAGAAUUGUCCUCAAGGCCCAGCCAUUAAAGCAUUGUCUCUCUUGACCUUCUGGUAUCUUGUCAGAGAGCUUUUCACUGUGAGGAAGUGUGGAAAUGACUGUGCGUAUGUGUGUAAUCUGUUAGAUUGGGGGAUAGGUUUUCUGUUAGCCAAUUCUAAAAGAGACCUGCAAUAAAAAUUUACCCUGAUCUGAUAGAAAGUGAAGUUUUUGUGUAUGACUGUGUUCGAAUGUGUGUUCGUGCCUGUAUAUAUCUACACACGGAUGAAACAUUAUAUUUGAAAUUGUUAGAAAGUAAAUCAAAUCCAGAUCAAAUGCCUUUCAGGCCCAUUACCUAGAAAUCUAUCUUAAAACCUGGGUAUGUUCCUGAAGUCAUUUCUUUGCUUAUGCUAAAUCAGCUGUAAUUAUGAAUGGGGGCUGUUCUACUGCACUUUUAAAAGAGGAAGCUGUUUUUGUGUUUGAAAGUGAAACCAGCAUCCAGAUCUAUGGCAGAGUCCUAGUUCUUUUCAUAAGUCUUUUUGCCUUGGCUACAGAUAGAUGAUGCUGUGAUUCUAUUAUAUAUUUUAUAUAAAAUCCAUCUAAAUUAGGGUUUGGAUAAGUUUGUAUUGUUGUUGUUUAACCUAAUAUAGAAUAAUUGUUAAUAUUCUUAGCAAUAGUUCACUUCAUUUGGUCCUUUCUCGCAGACUGAAUCCUGUUUGCAAUACUCAGGAACUAUUGCAAGGAGCUUUCCCCAGAUCUAAUUCAUUAACGCUAAAGUAAAAGGCAUGCAUGCACAGCCACUAUGAAACCCUCAUUUCUCUACUGAAAGGUGGAAUUCAGAACCUAUUAUUUUAUGUCUGUAAUCAUGUACUUUGGCAUCUUUUGGAGGAAAGGGCAGGAUAACUCACAGGAGUGUGUAGUGUUUUGCUCUAGAGCAUUUCAAGGAAUGAAAUCUCCAAUAUGAAAUUAUUGCAUAUAAACUAGCUUAAUGAUGCUGAGGACUGCAAGAUUUUUGAUGGUUAAUUGAUGAUGUUGAUUCUCUUUUGGAUGGAAAGCUGCUGGUUUAUCCUCAACCUACUUCAUUAGCAUUACUGUAAGUGAAUUUAUAUUAAAUUCUUCUUUCCGCUUUCCCUAUUCCCUUCUCACCAAGGAAGCUCCAGAUUCAGUAUCUUAGUUAGCCCCAAAACUGAAACAGCUUCUGCUUUUGUCUCCCAGCAGCAGUGAGCCACUGUCUUUUCCACAGGAAGUUAGGAGUUUACAUUCCUUCAGUCAGGAGCUCAUUACUGAAAAUUCCCUUUCCCUGAAUUUUUGGCCAGCAGAAAUUAAUGGAACUGACAGGCAUAUUGAUUCUGUUUUUUUUUUUUUUAUUAGUUUUUUUUAAUGACCAAACCUUGCAGGGGUAGGUUACCCAGAGGAGUAGUAAUAUUAAGGCACUCAUACACUUAUCCUUUCAAGUUACCCAUUCGUGCUCAUCUGUUCAUCACAUUUGACUGUCUCACUUUUAAACCAGAGCAGUAACAACCCAUACCAUCUUCCUUCAGGGGCCUCCCAGCUGGUAUAGCUGUGGGUGCUGUGAAGAUACGCAAUUUAAUGGAUGUUUCUCAGCCUGGUUCAGAGUAAAUAGAACCCUUGAUCCCAGAAAGUAUAGACUGAAGUGUGGGGUAAAGAUUAUGAUUGGGGGAGGGUUGGAGACAAAAGCUGUAAAUUACUAUGGCUGAUUUAUUUCUACUAUAUACAUAUAUAUAUUUUUUGCUUUUGUAUAUCCUAUAUAGGAAACUAAGCAUUGUAUUUUUUUAACAAAUCUGAGAAAGCACUAUGAACUGCAGGUGUUCGACUUUCAGAAUAUAUUUUGUAUUGUUGAUAUCUUCACGUUAUGUGAAUACUGGAAGUUGCAGAUCUUUGCUAGGACGCAAUAAAUUUAUAUACUAUUUGAGGGGUUCUUCUAGGGGUGCGCAUCACGCCCCUGUUUGCUUUGGGGGAGCCCCGGUGCUACUUGCUUAAAGUUUUCAUUCGAUUGUAAGUAUCUUGAUGCCUUUUGGACCUUGGGAUCAGAUCAAAAGAUUUUUGGAAAUUACAUACCAAGGAAAUGAGGAUAGUGUAGCUGCCUGAAGUGAGGGUCCCUUUGUAUAGCUCAGCUUCUCCUGUCUGAAGCUGGGUAGUCUUUUGCGGCUGGGAGGAGAAUCCUGAAAUCUCAGAGUUUCAUCUCCCUUAGAAGAGAGCCAGUAACUGUGUGCAAGGAUGAAAGGUAGAAGCAGUAGCUUUGGGGAAAGGGAGGGAGGAGGAUAUGGCACUUCUCCAACCCCGGAAAACAUUGCUUUUGAAAUCUGCUGAUAAAAUAUGGGCAGGUUAUUACUUUUGUUUGGGAGCCUGUGCUCUCUCUGGUGCCUCUCUUGGCUCUACUCCUGGGGUACAGACCUCUUCUAGGAGGAUGAGCAGACCAGCUUUGAGGUUGACCUGUUUCUUUUCUUUGUCUGCCUUCCCUAAACACCAGUCCCCAGGAAGACGGUAAGCAGCCCUAAGCUUAAAUUCCUACUCCCUCUUCCAGAUUUGGCUCACUUGCCUCAGAUUGAAGGCUGGGAAAGGAAAAGAAGGGAGUCCUUGGCUUCAUUUCUCCCUACAUCUUCUCCAGUCUGACUUCCCCAAACCCAAAAAGAUUUCCUUCUCAAUGUUCAUUUGAGAGAAUUGAGUAUUUUGUUCCAUUUUACCCUUUCCUCAUCAUCGAACAGUCCCGGCCUUCCUUGUCUCUGCUAAGGAAACAGAUACGAUGAUCUGUCCCGCAGCUCCCCUAAGUUCCAGCUCAGUAUUGGAAAAACGGGGUUAGGUUGGGGCUUCAGGUAAUGAGGACUUUGUUGCUACCUCUCCUGGGGUGUGUGUUUUCCUAUAUUUCACCUUCAGGAAUUACACUGUGCCUUCACCUGGGGGAUGGGCUUCCUCCACUUUGUCGGCAACUGCCCUUGAACGGUGUGGACAAGGGCAGGCCUUCAUAUUUCUGCUUACCCUUUUCUCCCAAUGGCAUCCAUAGCCUUCACCAGAAUCUAGGGCAUAUAGACUUUGGGGAAAAUAUGCUGAGAUUGACUGAGAAUACCCCUUCUACACAUACCCAUGGCAGCUGCCCUAGGGCCUGCUUCCUCUUCCCUCCUCUGUCAUCCUCUGGGGGAAGGGGCGGUGCUCCAAUCUCUGGUGCCUAAAACAAGUUUAUUUCUCUCUUAACACUGGCAAUAACCAGUCUCCAUACCACUGUUGCCUUUUUAAACCUCUUAAUAAUCUCAUGCUGUGUUUGUUGUUGGUUCCAAUCUGAUUAUCACCAGGGCUGUGUGGGGAAAUACUUUUAAAUGCACUCUCAUCUUUCUUGGGCUUUUUUUUUUUUUUCUCUCUUUUCCUUGGUCUUGUGUAUGUAUGAAGCUAAUCUCUUGUCUUUCAGUUUCUUCCUGCUCUCUUAUAUCUUCCUGUCUUGUCUCCCCCCCUACCUUUUUUCUCUGGGUGUUUUGGGGCUCUCUCUCUCUUUUUUUUUUUUGCCUUUUUGUACAAAGAUUAGUUUCAAUGUAGUCUGUAGCUUCUUUGUAAACCAAUUAAAAAAAAGUUUUUUAAUAAAAAGCCAUGUCUCUGGUGUGUUGAGGGUUGGGAAUGGGGGAAAGAAUAUGGUUAUUAUAACUUCAAAUUCGGAAACCAACAAAGGUUUCCAGCUACAAUAUGUUGUGCUUCCAUACAUGUUAAUCAGUGCAGCUGUACCACACUUACCAGGUAAGCAAUCCCACGGCCAGGUUAGUGUGUCACAACUUCAUAGAAAUGUGGAGGACCAAGAGGAUGGAGGCAGCCCCAACUUUUUUUAAUAAACUUUUUUUUAAACAAAUUUGGGGAUAAUUUUAGAUUUAUAGAAAAGUUGCAAAAAUUGUACAGAGAGUUUUCAUAUACCCCUCACUCAGUUUCCGCUAUUGUUAACAUUAGCAUGGUACAUGUGUCAAAACUAAGAAGCUGACAUUGGUACAUUAGCUCAACUCCAGACUUUAUUUGGGUUUCACCAGUUUUUACAAUGAUGUUACCCCAGUCUGGUCUGUGACGUUUCUCUUGUUUUUCAUGACCUUGACAGUCUUGAGGAGUAUUGCCCAUGUGUCUUUUAGACUAUCCCCUACUCUGGGUUUGUCUAAUGUUUUUCUCGUAAGACUGAGCUUAUGGGUUUUUGGAAAGAAUACCAGAGAGGUGAGGUGCCCUCUCAUCAUAAUGUAUCAGGGGUAUGU